CCGGAUUGAUUUCGAUCGGUAGCUGGCCAGCAGCAGAGCGGCCAAGCCAAACAAAGCGAAGCCUAAAGAGUGGGGGCGGGGGCGAUGCAAAUCUGACCACCCGGGCGGUGGGUGGAGGGUUGGGCUGCUGCUGCUCCUGCUGCGGCUGCUUGCUGGCUGGCUGGCUGGCUGGCUGGUGGACUCCUGGUGCCCGGUCUGGCUCGGCUUGCUUCAUCAUUCAAGCAAGAAGGAGGAAGCGAGGCAGGAGGAGGCAGGAGGAGGCAGGCAGGCAGGCCGCAGAGAGGGUACUUGACUUGCUAGAUAGCUUGCUCGGGCUCGGGGUCCGGCUCGCUGUCCAGGACGGAUGAGAGGCAGCCAAGAAACAAAACCUGAAAGGGUGGGAGGGAGGAAGACAAUGAAGUGAAGAAAAUGUCGGGCUUCGGUUAAAAUAAAAAGGCAAGUGAGGAAGGAAGGCAAGGGAAAGGACGGGGAGGGGAGGGGAGGGGAAGGGAAGGGCAGGGAGAGGGAGGGGAGUGGAGGAAAAACCCCAAAUUAUUCUACUGCAAAAACAAACCAUGAUCAAGCGUAUGUAUGUAUCGGCGGCUGUUGCUGCUCUUGGUCCCGCUUAACAAUCAAUCUUCUUCCAUCAUCCUUCCGCCCGCGCGCCUACUAGCGAGCGAGCGAGCAAGCAUCAUCGCAUCACAUCACAACCCUUUAAGAACAUCGAUUACGAGUAAUGUGGUAGUGAUGUAAUGUAGCCUAGUAGGAGUAGUAGUGAGAGUAGAGCUAGUAGAACAUAGUAGUGGCGUGGUGCUGAUAAGAUUUAUGCACGAAAUCGGUUUCGCGGACCGGCAGCCAGGCACAGGCAGGCAUUUAUUCAUUCAUCACUUAUUCAUUCGAUCCCGCAUCCGCAUAGGCCGGUUGCUUGCUCGCAAACUCGCUCGCUCGCUCGCUAGCUUGUUUGCUUGCUUCAUCGACGAUCGAUACCGUACCGCACUAAAGCGACUUGUUGAUACUGUCGGUAAUUAGGACUCCCUCGCUGCUAUUGCGGAUUCCAAGACAUCCGUCCCUUUCCUUUCGCAGAUUUUGCGCUGGAUGUGAACUGCCAGCCAGCCGCUGUCGCUGUUGGAAGAUCCGUCUGUCUGUCGUGGUCUGCCUUGACCAUGCUUCGUUUCCGCUUGCUUCCAACCCUGUGCGCGCGUCUAUCUACCCCGAAUAGAUAGCAAGUCAGGAGGUCGGGCGACGGAGACGAGUGAUGUUGUGAUGCUCUCCACUCGUCACGAGUGCAAAGUUCCCAAACAAUUUUCUCAGGCGUCUAACUCACUCUAGAUUUCUCUCCGCGCGGGUCGUAGCAAGCACCGACGACUGUAGUGAUGGAUACGAGGCGGUAGUGUCUUUCAGAAAUCUGAAGAAAGCAGGGGAGGCAUUGGCGACAGUGCAGGUCUGCCACCAUUCUGAGCGGAGAAAACCAUAAUUUCUUUACAAGUCACCACUUUCGCACCAUACCAUUCUGCCGAGGUCAACCCAGCCGGCCGACCGAGACGUAUCGAGGCCAGAUGACACUUUCUCAUCGCUGAUCUCCUCGAGGACAUGUGCGCGCCCAGUUGGUGCGCGGAGAGUCCUCUUCAGAUCGAGGUUGGAGGUGGAACAUGGCUGAAACAUGGAAGACACAUUCGUCCGCGAGGGUUUGUGUAGCGGGUGUGGCGAAACAAUCCGCGCCAUCGCGAUGAUCUGUUGGUGCCGCUUUCGUCCACAGGGAGUCUUUUUCGCGAAGGUUGCGCCCGAGCAUAUUGUUCAUACCUUCCGUCCCGAUCUCUGAUCCACGCGUUUUAGCUCCAAGUAAUUUUGUUGCUAUGGAUUCCGACGGGGAGAAUCGCCUCUCGUCACCCGAAGAGAAAAACCCUAAAAGGAGAAUGAAGACUCCUUUCCAGCUCGAAGCAUUAGAACGAGUGUAUGCUGAGGACAGGUAUCCCACGGAAGCCGUGCGAGCGGAGCUCUCCUCGCAGCUCAAUCUCUCCGACAAGCAGCUGCAAAUGUGGUUCUGCCAUAGAAGGUUGAAGGAUAGGAAGGGGAAGGAUGAUGAAAUUCCCGGGGCAGCGGGACGCAAGAAGCAAAAGACGGAUAGGCCUGGAGGGGGUGUGGGAGCUAGUGCAGGAGGUGGAGGAGGAGGGGGAGGUUUAAAAGCAGGGUACCCGGGUGCAGUCCUAGAACCCGAAAUGGGGGAAGCUGCUGCCGUCGGCCGCAAUGGGUACAAUGACGAGUUGGAUUUCGAAGAGGAAGAACACGGAAUGGGUAUGUUGCGGGGUUCAGCAAGCGCCCAGCCGCAGCACAGAAAAGUGGCUGCCCAAGAAGCCGAGCCUGCUCCCAGGAGAAGGAAUCAGGCUCCGGUUGGAAGAGUCGUCGAUCCCCGAGCUGCAGCUGAAAAUGCUGCUGUAUCCGCUGUCGAAGCACAGCUUGGGGAGCCCGUACGAGAGAAUGGUCCAAUUUUGGGGGUAGAGUUCGAUCCUCUACCUCCAGGUGCCUUUGGAACUCCAAUAGACCACAAGUCGGAGCAGAGAGUAGCUACUGCACCUCCACGAGUUCACAGCGAGGAUAGAGCUCAAGAGCGUCAGGAAAGUCGUCCAAGCAAAGCUGGAGCUUUUGGGCUCCCUCCCUUGCCAACAACAGGGGUGAAGCGUAAAGCAGUAGGACUGUCUGGACAGCAAAGUUUCAGUGCCCAGCAAGUGCCAAGAACACCUCGAGAGUUCCAGUUUCUACCUGAGCAGCCUACUGCACGAGAAGAGAGUCAGAGCCAUCAGAGACAAAUCCAGUUGAAUCUUCACCCGAAUGCUGAGAGAUUUGAUUUGCUUCCAGCUCCCAGGGUUCGUUCUCUUUCUCCACUGGGAGGUUUCUUACCCACAAAUAUGCAUUCCAUACCUUCAGGGGAUGGGUAUGGUUUCCCGCAAGAAAGAGUGCAAAAUGUUGGGAUUAGCCUUUUACCGCCAGGUGAAAGCAGGCCUAGUGGUUUGUAUGCACAAAAUGGGCUUGGUUUGGAUGACCCUCAACGGCGGGGACUGUAUCAUAGCUUUGACGUAGAGGGGCAAAUGGGCUUUCGUCAAACUGCAAUACAAGCGAUGGCGGCUAACCAAUCCGCUGUAGCCCCCACCGAAAGUCUAGCCCUCUUCCAUGAACAUGAACAAGCACGGUUGGAGAAGAAGCGCAAGAGUGAAGAGUUGAAGGUGGCGAAAGAGUCCGAAGCUAAUGUGAAGCGAAUGAAACGAGAGAUGGAGAGGCAAGAGAUUGUUCGUCGGAAGAAAGAGGAGCAAAUGCGGAGAGAACUUGAAAAGCAGGACCGCGAUAAACGCAAAGAAGAGGAACGAGCUGUUCGCGAAAGGCAGCGAGAGGAAGAGAGGAUACAACGAGAACACAGAAGAGAAAUGGAGCGUCGGGAAAGAAUGCUCCUGAAGGAAAACAAGCGGAUCGAAAAGCAACGACGCAAAGAAGAGGUGAGGAAGGCAAAAGAGGCUGCCAGGCUGAAGGCUGCAUCAGAGAGGGCAGCAGCGAAGAAAUUAUCGAAGGAGUCCAUGGACACUAUUGACGAUGAGCAGCUAGAGUUGAUGGAGGCUGCGACUGCGCAGGGUUUGUUUUCUGUCAAUGGGCUGGAUGAUGGCGGUGCCCAGGUCAUGGACAUUUCCAAGGUGUUGCUGAAGAAGUUCCCCCCUGCGUCAGUUCGAAUGAAGCUGCCAUUGGCAAUCCGUCCUUGGAAUGAGCUGGAACAUUGCAUGGGCCACUUCUUCAUGGUUUGGAGAUUUUUGACAACAUUUGCUGAUGUCAUUGGGCUGUGGCCCUUCACUCUCGACGAGUUUGCUCAGAGCCUUCAUGACUUUGAUCCAAGGCUGCUUGGUGAAAUACAUAUUGCACUCAUCAAGACGAUGGUAAAAAACAUUGAAGAUGCAGCGCAAGCUGCGACCAGUGGAGCAGGGGGCAGCCAAAAUGCAAUUGCCCUUGCCUCUGGUGGACACCCUCAGCUUGUAGAGGCGGCUUACGAAUGGGGUUUUGACAUCAAAGAAUGGGGUCAGCACGUAAACCCUUUGACGUGGCCAGAGAUUUUGCGGCAAUUUGCCUUGGCAGCCGGUUACGGUCCAAAGUGGAGAAAGAGAAAUGUAGAGGCUCCGGCACGACCCAGAGAAGAGGUCGAGGUAUUUCCUCGUCCAUCACGUCAAUCAGGAGACCCACCCGAGCCGGUCGAGGAGGAAAAUGCCGUCUCCAUUCUUCGUUCAGGAGCUGCUGCAGCAAGUGCGGUGGCUCUUAUGCAGGGGAAGGGUGUUGGACAUUUGCGUAGAUGUCGAUAUCGCCUUACACCAGGAACGGUGAAAUAUGCUGCAUUUCACGUUCUGUCUUUGGAAGGAAGCAAGGGGCUCACUAUCUUAGAAGUUGCCGACAGAAUACAGAAAUCAGGCCUUCGAGACUUGACAACUAGCAAGACACCCGAGGCUUCUAUAGCUGCAGCACUGUCUCGCGACACAAACUUAUUCGAGCGUGUGGCUCCUUCUACCUACUGCGUUCGGCCUGCGUUUAGAAAGGAUCCAGAGGAUGCAGAGGAAGUAUUACAGGCUGCCAGAGAAAGAAUUCGACUGUUUCAAAGUGGGUUCCUGGAUGUGGAAGAAGCCGAGAAGGAGAACGAAGAAGGCGAAGAAGUGGAAAGAGAUGAGGAAUAUGAUUCUGACGGGCAGGAUGUCGAGGAUGCGGAUGCCGAUGCAGAUGCAGAUGUUGAUACCCCUAUACCAAAGGAGUCAGAGUUGAAGGAUGAAAGUUUGCAAGCUGAAGACGCGGCAAAGUCGGAAAGCCUAGCUGAGGAGGAAAUGGAGAUCGAUGAGAGCCAAGUGGGUGAACCUUGGGUACAAGGGUUGAUGGAAGGAGAGUACGCCGAGCUGAGUGUUGAGGAGAGGUUGGUCGCUCUUGUGGCACUGAUCAAUGUAGUGAAUGAAGGCAACAGUAUACGGCUUGCGUUGGAGUCUCGAAUGGAAGCGGCAAGUGCUCUCAAGCGACAGAUGUGGGCUGAAGCUCAGAUCGAGCGGCGGCGUCACAAAGAAGAGCAGCUGUUAAGGUUACAGCCUGCUCUUCUGGCUGCUGCAAAUAACGAGUCUGGUGAAAUGGUCGACGUAGGCUCUGUUCCUGUUACUGUCACUGGGGAGAAGGUAGUUGAACCUUUAGUGAGCACGAAGCAAGAGACCAUACUGGAGCUAAACCUGGUGCCCGCUGAUUCUAACAUGGUUUCUGACGGCCCGGGGUCGGUCGAGCACAACCCAUCAGUUGCAGAGAAGAGUAUCACAGUCCAGGAGAAGAACGGAUCAAUGCAUGAGAAGAACGCACCUCAUGAAGGAUCCGUUACUCAAGAAGCUGUUGCGUCUGGUCACGUGACAGAGAGGUCACGCGCUCAAGUGAAAGCCGAUAUCGGAGUCUGGGCCGAAGAGUUGUAUGUAGUUAGAUCACUCCCAUUGGGCACAGACCGGCGACGAAAUCGAUAUUGGCAAUUUGUGACGUGCAGGGGUGGACAAGAUCCAAGUUGCGGCCGUAUCUUCUUUGAAUCCUUCUCAGAUGGUCUUUGGGAGGUCAUUGAUACGGAAGAAGCUUUGGAUGCACUGAUGUCUUCACUUGACAUACGAGGUACAAGGGAAGCUGCGCUCCAUGCUGUUUUGGUUAGGUUGGAGAGCACUCUUAGACCAGCGAUGAGGCUUGCUGCCGCAUCAAGUUCUUCAUCUGUUUCGCAUCAUGAUGUGAAAUCUGAACUUGGGGAAGCUGGAAAACCCACUGACAGUGCUGGAAGAGGGGGUGCCUCCGGAGCAUCUUAUGGGACAGCAGUCGAUGGUAGUCCUUCAAGUGGACUCGGGGUGGAGAUCCCCGCGAGAUCUGGUUCGAUCUCUGUUGACCUUGGGAAGACUGAUGCGGAGAAGCAGAGAGCUUUUGAUCGUUUCAAGGAUUUUGAACAUUGGACGUGGACAGAAAACACAAGGUCCUUGUCUGCUUUGAAAGUGGCGAAAACUGGUAGGAAGAGAGAGCCGGACUUACUCCUUUGCUGUUCCAAAUGUCAUGAGCUCUAUUCUGCAAUUGACAAGCAUUGCCAGUUCUGUCAUGCAACCUUUCCGAAAACACAAACCAAGCACGACUUUCAUGCCCGAGAAUGCGAGGACAAGAUGAAGAAAAAGGAUCCAGCGUGGAAAUUAUGUGGUCUUUCAUCUGUUCCCCCGAGAAUUCAGAUUCUGAAGGCUGACAUCUUAUAUAUUGAGACUGUCAUCCCUUCUGAAGCUUUCAAGGACCCAUGGGAUCAUCAGGAGCGAAAAGCAUGGGCAUCUCUUUUAAAGCGUGCGAUGACACCGUCUGAACUACUUCAGUGUCUUACAGAGCUUGAAAGCCGGAUUCAUCGGGAGUGGUUGUCAUCCUCAUAUGAAACAACCGAGGAGCUCUUGAGUGCCAGUGCAUCUUCUGUAACCAUUGCUAAUCAGGUUGCUCCAUGGGUGCCACAAACCUCUGCGGCUGUUGCACUUCGCGUUAUGGCAUUCGACGCUGCUCUUUCUUACAGUUCGGAGGAGAGAAAGAGACGGCAAAAGCAGGAAGAGGAGGAGCGAAAGAAUCUUAUGCAUACCAGCAUCGGUGUUUUCCCAUCAAGAACCACGCCAGAAGUGCCUGUUGUUGAGAAACCAGAUGUCGAUGAAGAUGACGUAGUGGUGGAUGUGGCCAGCGGUAGAGGCCGUGGUCGUGGGCGGGGUAGAGGUCGCGGUAGCAGAGGUGGAGGAAGGGGCAGUCGUAGCAGCAGAAGUGCACCUCCUGCGACGACUAAUUCCAGGGCCACUGUGAAGAAGGGCGCUUCAAAACGGAAACUCCAGUUUCAAGAGGAAGGGGCUGCCGAAGGGAAGCAAGGAGGGAAGGGUGGAGGAAGAGGGCAGGGCCGAUCCAGAGGUAGACCUCGGGGUCGCGGUAGUGGACGGCCGCGCGGACGUGGCUCACGUGGAGGACGACGUAGUGUCGCAGUUCGCAGAAUUGACAAACUUCCAAAAGAGAAGAAUCCCAAUGAACUGAUGUCUCAGGAAGUUGUUUUGCGCAAGGGGCAGGUUGCGGAGCCUGAGGACGAUCACGAGGAGGAAGAGGCCGAAAGCGAGGAAGAAGAUGCAUUCAGAUCAGGUGAGUGGGAUGGAUCAGAAGAACAGAUGGAGGAUCAGCAAGAAGAUGCAGAAGAAGAAGAGGAGGAAGAUGACGAAGAAGAGGAUCUGACUGGUGCAAUGCAAGAGGAGGAAGAUGAAGACGAGGAUGGAGAGGAAGGGGAUGAAGAGGAAGUGCAGGUGGAAGAGGGUGAUGAUGAAGGCCAAGCCGAAGAUGGGGACGAAAAUGGUCAGGAAGAGGAAGGUGAUGAGGAAGAUGAGGAUAGACAGUACGAUGAUGAUAGUUAUCCCCAAGAUGGGGAAGGAGAGGAUGACGAAGAAGCCGUUGAGCCUGAAACCGAUGAGGAUGAAGAAGAGGAAGAGGUAGAAGAAGCGGACGAAGGUGCGGAAUCUGCCAGAGAAAGUGACGAAGAUUGAUAUUAAGGUGUGCGUCUACAAGCAUUUGGGGUCGUAUAGAGCUUCACAAGAGGUUACUUCCAACCUGAUGUGGAGGUGUAAAUAGUUAGUUUCGGGGCCCCUUUCGUCAUUUAGUAUCAGAUCGGAUGUGAGGGAUGGGAGUGGUUGUUUGUUAUCGUUUGCAUUGCCUCACUCUCCCUGCGAGCCAAUGACCUUGAUCCGAUCGGCAGCUCGUCUCGUCUCCUCUGUAUCUAUGUAGGUUCUAAGGGCAGUAAGUAUAUAGCAGUUAAAUUUUCAGGAAAAGAUGAACAUAAACAUAGGGGCGCGAAGUAGCUGUUUUUUUCCGUAUAGCAGGAGCUGUGACGAGUUGAAACUUCAUAAAUCUCGAUUCAUUUGCCCAUGGUAGGCAGCUGUAUAUUGCAUUGAGUCGUAUGUCAUGCAUCUCUCUGUACAAGCUAAGUCUACAAGCGGCCCUUGUCUUCAGCUCUUAGAAGAAUUGCGGAGACUAGUAUUUUGUGAUAUGACCAAGUUAUUUGUUUCUAUCUAACUUGCAAAUGAAGUCUUGCUGGUUUCUGGAAAUAGACUCGCGUCACUGGGAUGGAGAAAGCCACUCGGCAUGUCCGUCUGCUAGGCUGCACCGACACCUCCGUUCUCGUCAGAUGCCAAUCAUUGUGGACACAUUGUCAAUUUCGGCAGCACUUUCUUUCAUCUUUCUCGCUUGCUUCAAGU